AGGCUUCCGUAGACUUUCUCUGAGUAGGGCUGCGGUUGAGCUUUCUGUUUUGAGGAACACCGGUGAGGAAGUGUGUGUAUGUGUAUGUGAGUGUGUGUGUGUAUAUACAUACAUAUAUAUAUAAUAUAUAUGAGUGUGUGUAGGUGUGCGUGAACUAUGGAGCAGAUUAAUAACAUUCAGGUGGUUCCAUGCACCAGCUCGAAUUAUCUGAAACCGUUCACGGUGCAUUAUAGCCAGAAUGGAACAAAGAAGUCGUGGGAUUUUAUGCGAACUCAUGACAGUGUCUCUGUGCUGAUCUUCAAUACCACGUCCCAUUGCUUCAUCCUGGUCAAGCAGUUCCGCCCAGCUGUGUACAUGUGCGAGUGGGAACGAAUGAAACCUGCAAACGCUGACCAACAAGGAGAGCAGGGAGUUGAGGGCCAUGCCGCGGCAGCCCCAGAGGAGGAGCAGGAGGGUAACGAGAACGGCAGCCGUCCUCACCAGCCCCCGGCUUCAGCCGGCGUGACGUAUGAGCUUUGCGCAGGCAUCGUAGACAAGCCGCAUCUCUCCCUGGAGGAGAUCGCCUGCCAGGAAGUGCUGGAGGAGUGUGGUUAUGAAGUUCCUGUCUCCAAGCUAAGGAGGAUCACAUCCUACAGGUCAGGAGUGGGCGUUAUGGGAGCCAAGCAGACCAUGUUCUAUGCAGAGGUGUCGGAAGAGAACCGCGUCGGCGAGGGUGGUGGACAACCUGAAGAAGGCGAGCUGAUCGAGGUGGUGAAAGUGCCCCUGCACGAGGCCAUGACUUUCGCUUAUGAUGAGAGCAUCCCCAAAACCAUGGGCGUCAUUUUCAGCUUUAUGUGGUUUCAUAGCAACAUGGCACCUAAGUAUAAAAUCUCCACCAAUGUGUAACGGAUGAUUAGCUACAGUUUCUUCCGACCUUCUCAAGCACACUGUAUGUAACUUUGUAUUACUUUGUGUUCCUGUUGAAUUAAAUACUGUGUUUUUA